AUCUUUGGUAUUGGGUUGUUUUUAAAAGGCUUUUUUCCUUUGAAAGAAAACACCACUGGUUUUUCUACAAGUAAUUCCAAUGAAAAUUUAGUUCGUCAUAAAUUUGAUCGUUUGAUUGUUGUCUUGGUUGAUGCAUUGCGAGCAGAUUUUGUAUUUGAAAAUAAUUCUUACAUGGCUUUUACAAGCAACUUGAUAAAAAAUGGUGACACCUUUAGUUUUCGUGCAUAUUCCAGCCCUCCAACUGUCACGAUGCCCCGCAUUAAGGCAAUAACAACUGGAACUGUACCUGGUUUCAUAGAUGUCAUUAUGAAUAUUGACUCAAACGAAUUGUCUGAAGAUAAUCUUAUUGCACAAACAAAACAGUCAAAUAAGAAAGUCAUAUUUUAUGGUGACAACACUUGGAUUAAGUUGUUUCCAAAUCAUUUCAGACGACAUGAUGGGACAACAUCAUUUUUUGUGUCUGACUAUACAGAGGUGGACGAAAACGUAACUCGACAUGUUAUACCAGAGUUAAACAAAAAGGAUUGGGAUGUUAUGAUCUUACAUUAUCUUGGACUGGAUCAUAUAGGUCAUCUUGCUGGACCAAAUAGUCCACUUGUACGUCCAAAACUACGUGAAAUGGAUGAAAUUAUACAUCGCAUUUAUGAAACGAUAGUGCAACAGGAUUUCAAGCGAAAUAUUUCAACGUUGCUGGUAUUAUGUGGUGAUCAUGGUAUGAGUGACGGUGGCAGUCAUGGAGGAUCUUCUUUUGCAGAAACAACCACACCACUUGUGUUUAUGAGCUCUCUUUUUGCCCAAGGAAAAGGAAACGUUUACGACGCAACAAAAUGGGUUGAUCAAAUUGACAUAACGCCAACAUUGGCUCUUCUUCUUGGUCUGUCAAUACCAAAGAACAGUUUUGGUAUCUUAAUCCCUGACCUGUUCAACUACCAUUCUGUGAGAGAGCGAUUAGAAGCUAUACGUAUGAACGCUUUACAAAUUUCUACAGUUUACAUGAGAAACACAAAUAAUGAGAGCGUUGUUGAGUUAGACCUUGCAUUGCGGUUUCAUGACGAGUUAAUAAAGAAAUUUGUUGAUAAAAAUCUUGAGAGGGACGCUGCAGUUGAGAAAAUUGAAAAACUUUACUUCUCUGGAAUGAAGAAAAUGGCCGAAAAACUAACAAAGUUCAUGUCUUCUUACGACUUUUAUUCCCUGUAUGUUGCAAUAUCACUGUUACUCCUUUGCUUCAUAGGUUCUAUAUUUCUGCAUCUUGAACUGUAUCCCAAAAUAUUGUACGAAUUCUUCCAAACUCACUUUUCUUUUCUUUCAAUUGCAUUCUUUGUAUUUACAACUUUAAUUUCCUACAGUCAUUUUUAUCUUUGCACAUCUCCAAGACUAGGAACGAGUGAAAUAUUAUGUUCUUCUUCAACUCUUUCGUAUUCACUAUCCUGGACGUUUAUCACCAUAACAGUCAUGGCGUCACUAAGUUUUCUUUCCAUUGUAAUCAACAUCUAUCAUCAUGGUGUACCAACAUGGCACAGAGAAUCCUCAUAUAUCCUAAAAGGAACAUGUACAUUCCUUCUCCUUGGCAUAUUAUUACACAACAUAAGUUUGUUGUCUACGAGUUUUAUUGAAGAAGAACAUCAAACUUGGUAUUUUUUAACAACUACCUACCACUCCAUCGUAUUUUUCAAAAUAUGUUCGGAAAGAUGGAAAAUGAACUAUCAAUUUUGUUCACCAGAUAAUGUUAAACGACCUACCAAUAAUACAUCUUCAAGCGAAAGCACUGAUAAGAUUGUCUUACGGAAUAAUAUGAGCAAUCUAAAAGUCUGCGAUCACACCUCAACUGUUACUAUAACGGCAUUGUGUGUAUUCUUCCUGUUGAUUUGCGAUAGAACAUUACGUAGUUGGAAUCAAACAGGAAUAAAAUGGUCUGAGGAACCUGAUAUCGAAGAUUGGUUAAUCAAUCCAGAAAGAAACAUUGUGUUAUCUUUAUUAAUCAUCAUUUCUUUAGUCGGGAUAACUCUAAUCCUGUUUGACAAAACCAGGAUCAAGGAUGAUCCGUAUGAAUUCAUUGCGUUUGUAAGUGAGAUCAUCAGUGUUUAUAUAUUUCGGGCAACCACUGGCACAAUUUCAUUUCCUAUUGUUGUUGAAAGUCGAAAAACUGGAAAAAAUAUUGCUAGAUUUAUCUACUGUUGUGUUAUAGUAAUGCUAUUACGUCGUGUAUUUGCUAAAACAAGAGCAGUUAACAUUGGUGAAUCAAUUAUCUGCGCAUAUGUAUUAUUGAUAACUCUACUUUUAAGAACGCAUAAUAUACCAACGGUGCUGAUUAUGUUACUGCAGGCUCGUAUCCAUCAUCAAGUUGUAUGGAGUAGAUGUUUUACAAACCUAGAAGUUAUUCUUAGCGCUUAUUAUAUGGGCUGGUUGACUUAUUUUGCUCAAGGCAACUCAAACAGCUUAGCGACCGUUGAUAUUUCAGCUGGAUACAUAGGCUUAGGAGAAGAUUAUUGGCCGUUAACUGUUGCUCUUCUAACAACACUGGCCACUUUCUCUGGACCUCUUUUUUGGUUACUUCAAGCGAUGACGUAUAUUUGCCGUCAUAGACUAUGGUCGCUUUCAAAGUGUUUAAAUGAGAUGUGUACAGCUUUGUUGUUUAUAAAAUCUCUUAAUCUCACAGUUUAUACAAUAUUGUCAUAUAUCAAUUGUUAUCAUUUAUUUAUUUGGAGUGUGUUUGCACCAAAAUUACUUUACGAAGCUGUCACAAGUCUAAUAUUUGCUAUUUUUAUUUUGGUCCUCUCUCUGUUUUCUCAAAUGUGUAAAAAAAGUUAAUAAAUUAAUUAACCAAAGAA